AUGCAUCUCGUUCUUGAUUGGGUACCUCAACGAUUUAUUCUUUCUCAUCGUGCAGUAAAAUUAUUUAUAUCACAUGGUGGAUGGAAUCGUGUUCUUGAGAGUAUGUCUGUUGAAAAACCCAUGCUAAUUUUGCCAAUGUUUGGUGAUCAAUUUCUCAAUAGACAUCGAAUAGAACAUGAAUUUGGUACAGGUCGAGUUAUUCGAAAUACAAAAUCAAAUGGUCAUCAACAUCUAAUAACGACUGAUGAGAUCAAUCCAUAUAUUCAACAAAUAUUCGAUUUAAAGAUGGCAGUUAUUGAAAAAGUUCAACAAUUCCAAACUAUAAUUCAUCAUGCAAGAGAAAAUACGUUUCAAAAACAUGUAAAUGAAAUUAUUAACAUAAUUAAUCUUAAAGGUGCCAAUGUGAUAUGA